UUAGUCACAACUAUCAACCAUGCUUGAUCAUGUCUGUUGUUGAACUUCAUGAACUUGAAUGAAUCAAUAGGCCUACGUCUUUGAUGUGUUUGAGUUGUGGAUGAGCUUUGGACAUGGCUAGUUUUGCCCCAAAGUUUUGGAAACCUGGGACAGACAAACCAGGGGCUGGUCUGAAAGAAGAAAGGUCACAGAUCAGCGAAGGCAGCGGAGAGUGUGCUGUUUACAACCCUUAUGUAGCAAUCUCCAUUGAACAGCAGAGACAACGACUCCCAGUGUUCAAGCAUCGGAAUCAUAUCCUGUACCUUCUUGAGAAAUACAAGACGGUUGUGAUCGUCGGUGAGACGGGAUGUGGAAAAAGCACCCAGAUACCCCAGUAUCUCGUGGAGGCAGGCUGGGCAGCAGAGGGACGCACAGUGGGCGUCACCCAGCCAAGGAGGGUGGCUGCCGUCACGGUGGCGCAGAGAGUCGCUGAGGAGAGAGGUGCCGUCAUUGGCCAUGAAGUUGGGUACUCUAUCCGCUUUGAGGAUUGCACAGAUCCGGACACAACCAAGAUAAAGUUCAUGACGGAUGGCUAUUUGGUGCGGGAAAUGAUGAACGACCCAUUGCUUUCUAAGUACAGCGUCAUCAUGCUGGACGAGGCCCACGAGCGAACCCUCUACACGGACAUCGCCGUGGGAUUGCUGAAGAAGAUCCAACGGCGGCGACCCGAGAUGCGGAUCAUUGUUGCCUCGGCAACGCUGGAUGCAGAAGCGUUCCGAGAUUUCUUCAAUCAGAACGAAACAGACGACGCCAGCCAAGAUACUGCUGGUAUUCUUACAGUGGAAGGGAGAACAUUUCCUGUUGACAUCUUCUACAGCAUAAACCCGGUACCUGACUAUCUAAAGGCCACAGCGGAGACCAUUAUGAAGCUGCAUAAGGCAGAGCCAGCCGGUGACAUCCUCGCCUUCGUCACCGGGCAGGAAGAGGUUGAGAGAGUCAUGGAAAUGGUCCUACAGGAGAUUCGUAGCUUGCAAUUUGACCACAUGAAGAUGUUAGCCCUUCCCAUGUACGCCGGCUUGCCCGGCAAAGAGCAGAUGCGAGUUUUUGAACGGGUCGGUCGAAAUACCAGAAAGGUUGUCAUAGCAACCAACAUUGCGGAGACAUCGAUCACAAUUAAUGGCAUUGUCUAUGUGAUUGACAGUGGCUUUGUCAAGCUGCGGGCCUACAACUCUAAGCCGGGCCUGUCGGGACUGGUUGUGGUGCCUGUGUCACAAGCCUCUGCCCAGCAGCGGGCCGGGAGGGCAGGUCGAGUCAGGUCAGGUCAGGCCUACAGACUGUACACGGAGGAGGACUAUCAGGCUCUGAGGAAGACCACCGUUCCAGAGAUGCAGAGGAGCGACCUGAGUGCCGUCAUUCUCCAGCUAAAGUGCCUGGGCAUCGAUAACGUCUUGCGCUUCAGUUUCCUCUCGCCUCCAUCAUCCCGAGCCAUGCUAAGGGGCCUGGACCUCCUGUACGCCCUGGGAGGUAUCGACGAUCACGCCAAGCUGGCCCAGCCCCUGGGUAUCCGCAUGGCCGAGUUUCCCUUGGACCCCAUGUUUGCCAAGAUGCUUCUUGUAUCAGGUGAGUUUGGUUGCUCGGAGGAGAUCCUUAGCAUAGCUGCCAUGCAACAAAUUCAGAACAUCUUCCAGUCACCUUCCAAUGAAAAGGGCAAAGCUGAGCGGGCCAAGAGGAAGUUUUCGGUUGCCGAGGGAGACCAUAUCACUCUGUUGAAUGUCUAUGAGGCUUUCAUUAAGUCUGGCAAGAAUUCAAGGUGGUGCCACGAAAACUAUCUGAACUAUAAAGGUCUGUGCAGGGCACUCACUGUCCGGGAGCAGCUCAGAAAGUUACUGAAGAAAUUCAAGGUGAAGAUGGUGUCGAGCGAGGGCGAUGUUGACACCAUCGUCCGCUGUGUCGUUGCAGGUUUCUUUGCCAAUGCGGCCAGAUUUCAUCCAACUGGAGAGUACCGUACGAUUCGUGAUGACCACGCAAUCCACAUACAUCCAACCUCGGUCUUGUACACCGAAAAGCCUCCUCAGUGGGUUGUAUUCCAUGAGGUUCUCCAGACCAACAGAGAUUACAUGAGAGACGUGACUGUCAUAGACCCCACCUGGUUGUACGAGCUAGCUCCCCACUAUUAUCAGUACGGCACGGACAUGGAGAUUGCAGCCAAGCGAGCAAGGGUGGAAGACAUGUCGAGGUGACACCGUCAGAAUUCUCAUCUGUCCUCCUCAAAAAUACUGGCAUUUUCCCCGCUCACCGGCACAGACACCAAUUGAGCUGAUGGUGAGACACUGCAGAGAGAAGUUCCCUACUGUUUCCCAGAGAUCCCCCUGAAUUUGUGACCAUUGUGAGAAGUCAUUAACCCUAACACUCCUCAGUCCUUCAACAGGUGAAGGAUUGAGGAGGGUUAGGGUUAAUCUCUGCUUGUUCAAAACCUGACAGCCGUGAGGGUGAAACAUCAUACAUCAGUAAUCACUAAAUAAAUGCUCUCAUAUCAGAGAAAUUCACUGGCUGGAGGCUUCAGGGAAAUGACUUCAGAAUAUAAUUUUCACCUCUAAUUUGUACAAUAUCGCAAGAGCUUGGAGGCUCUGUGUGAUCCCCUCAACUGUGAGUGAAGAAAUGUAAUUUUCUGAGUGGGAUUAUCAAACUUCAAACUAUGGACUGUGGCAUCAAGAGAGAUGUACAUCUGUGCUAAUCUUCCACAGAAGUGAUCAAUGUUACUUGAUUAUUGUCAAUUGGGAAAGUUUAUGUGCAUGUGGUUUGAACCCUCAACUUGGAGACAAAUUUAAACAAAACUGGAAAUGUACAAAAAAAAUGUCCCUGGCAAUCCUGUUUUUAAUAAAUAUGACACAUUUGGUCACUUAUGCAUAAAUGUAAUAAAAUUGAGAUAUGUGGUGAUCUGGAGUGGUUUUUAUGAUGAUGCUCAAGGAGCAGUGGCUCAACCAAUAUUUUCGAGAAGUCUCCAUUACUGGCCACCAUUACCAGUGCAGUCAAAUUUGUGUUGUGCCCAUAGUGAUGAAUACAAGUGUUGGUACUGAACGUUUGCGUGUACUAUUUGCCCCAUAGUUUUGGCCACACUCCUGGUAUCACAUGCCGUUGCAAUUGUAGGCAAUUCCAAUCAAAGUCUUUGUCUUGUGGAGUUCCUCGCAUGGAUGCCGUCCUUGCAAACUUGGCUUUGCAUACGGUUGCAGUGGUUCAGCCCUGUUUGGCAUUUUGGGAGACAAUGUUCAUUUUGAUCUCCGAUCAGUGGUGUACUCACACGUCUGUUCUGAGAUGAGAGGAAUGUCAUCCUCAUGUAACAGAUGUCAGUGGAAAUUUGUAGAGAAUCAGGUCAGCUUACAAUCCAUCCCAUGGGCCCUACGCGGAAAAACAGCAGGUUCCAAAUGGGCGGAGUUGACUCUGACAGUAAUACAUGUAUUACUAAUUGUCCAAAUUUAAGACCCAGGGGACGGGGCUAAACAGGGGCAUCAUCCAACUGAUAAGCUAGGAACAAAGUUCAGACCCAUUUGUAUAAAUCUCUGCCCGUAUGGGGCGUGUGCAUACAAAAACUUUGCGCCCAGUCUGUUUGGAUGUGCAUAUACUUUGUAUGUAGAGGUGUGCAUUGCAAAUUCCUGGCCCGAUCAUGUGACGUAGGCUGACAUAAUGAUGUAAUUCUAAAAGCUGUUUUUUGCAGCAUGAUCAGUGUGAAGUUUGUUGUCAAAAGGAUACCUUUUAAAACUACAGAAGUGAGGUAAUGAUGACAUCACUUCUCGGAUUAUUCUCUAUAGGUUCAAAGUAAAAUUGGAACCACAGUUCAAGCAGUCAGGAAAAUCAAAAUGUCAAGAAAGGAAAACUAUAAAAGAAUAAACAUAUUGGAAUAAUUACAAUGAAAUAAAACUUACAAAAUGCAGGAAAAAAUUCAAGAGUAUCUUGUGAGUAACUCACAAUAGAACCAUAAUUCAUGGUUUGGCAAUGAACAUGUACGUUCCUAAAGCAUUCAAAUUGCGAAAACAGAUUUUGCACCUGUGCACAUAAUUUCUUGUUUUGUUAAUGAUCAAUUUGUUACUAAAAAGAAAACUUCAUAAAGCAUUGCACUGUUGUAAUUUCAUUAAUAAUAGCAAAAAUUGCAUCGCAAGUUGAUUAAGACAAAGGAAAUUAUAGGGAAAUAGUCUCUGGCAUUAGCUUUUCUGCAGCUAAGCAGGUUUGCUUUACACCUUUGACCAAUGGCUGCUUAGCUGACCACAAAGCAGCCCCACCAGAACAGAUUUAAAACAACAAAAACAAAAACAUGAAAACAAACAUAAACCCAUGGGCGUAAAUCCCAGGGGAUGGGGGGAUAUAUAUUCCCACUUUUUUUUGGGGGGGGUGGGCUACUGAAUUAUCCCCACAUUUCUGUGGUGAGCAAAAAAUUAGAGCAGAUUUUGAAGAAUUCUUCAGACAUCCACCGACUAAAAUGCAUUAAAUAUCACUCAGAGAAAACAAAUUUGAAAAGUCAUAAAUAUGCCAUUCUGAAUAAAUAUUACAGAUGUACAUCAAUA